UUUAUCGUGUGCUCCUCCAGCAGCACGGAAUCAGCUCCACGUUAAAACCCGGGACGCUGCACUUCGGCUCGGAGUCUGACGCGCAGACGCUUUAUUAAUCAAAAAUCCAAAGUAAAAAUAAUAAGAACAAGGAGGGAGACCGGAUCGAUCAUCUUGCAUUACUACAUUCCUGCGUUGAAUGGGAAUGCCUGAGGAGGCUCCCGGGGCUCAAGUACAGAGCCAGGACUCCACAAGCAGCCCUUUUUGAUGAGAUCUGCAAAAAAGAGAAGGACCUCCUAAAGACCAAAUGAAGACCUGGUUGACGUUUCCUUGGGCAUGACCCAUGCGAAGAUCUCAUCCCAGGAAGACGAGUUUGUCCUUCAUAAAUCUUCCUCACCCAUCCUCCAGUUCAUCAUCUUUUCCAAACUGGCUCAGAAGAUAAGAACUUAGAGGGGGCAGAACCGGAGGGGUGUAAGGGUGUUGGGCAGGGGGCUGCUGGUGCACGGGGGGCGGGCAGCACACAUCUUCGAAGGUGAGUGAAAGCCCAGCCUCGCCCAUGCCGUCCCCUGCCCGCACCAGUCCUCCUGCCCUCUGCAAUGGUGACGUGAUGGUCCGCGUCAUGGAAGGUCUCCGCUUCGUCGCUCCCUUUUCUCUGCGCUGUUGUUUGGCGAUUUGUUACUGACUCGAGGGCGGUGUGUGUAUAUACUCAAAACAAGUGGCCGUAGGGUGACGAUGCUGGUGUGUGGACGCGUAAGACGGCUCUACAGGCAGCUCACGCUGCAGACCAGCCUACUGCUGCUCUUUCUCUUCUGCAUGGUAAGUGUCCUCAUCUCGGCCUACUUCCUGUAUGGGGUCAAGCGCGAACUGGAGCCUGCAGGCGUCAGCGGUUCGGAAGGCGUCGACGACGGCACCGCCGAAUGGGAGGAUUCGCAAGCCGCCACCCCUUCCCCUCCGUCAGCCAGGAUACUUCCUGCGAGAACUGCCAAGCCAGCAGACACUUUCCGCACGGACCCUGUGGUUCUGGUUUUUGUCGAGAGCCUCUACUCACAGUUGGGCCAGGACAUCGUGGCCAUCCUGGAAUCGGGACGCUUCCGCUACCAGAUUGAGAUCGCCCCCGGAAAGGGCGACAUGCCCACGCUCACCGACAAGAACCGGGGCCGCUUCACGCUGGUCAUUUACGAGAAUAUCCUCAAGUAUGUCAACCUGGAUGCCUGGAAUAGGGAACUUCUCGAUAAGUACUGUGUGGAGUACGGCGUAGGGAUUAUUGGUUUCUUUAAGGCAAAUGAGAACAGUUUACAGAGUGCCCAACUCAAGGGAUUUCCCCUCUUUUUACACUCUAACCUCGGCUUAAGAGACUGCAGCGUUAAUCCCAAAUCGCCGCUCUUGCUCAUCACUAAGGCUCGCGAGGUGGAGCGCGGGCCCCUGCCCGGGGACGACUGGACCGUCUUCCAGUCCAACCACUCCACCUACGAGCCCGUACUGUUGGCCCGGGGCAGGACGACAGAAGCCGGAGGUCCUCCUGCACCCCUGCACGCCGCCGUGGUCCAGGACCUCGGGCUUCACGACGGUAUCCAGAGGGUACUCUUUGGCAAUAACCUUAACUUCUGGCUGCACAAGCUGGUGCUGGUGGACGCCGUGAGCUUCUUGACGGGCAAGCGGUUGUCGCUCGCACUGGAGCGCUACGUCCUGGUGGACAUCGAUGACAUCUUUGUGGGCAAGGAAGGCACGCGGAUGAAGGUUUCCGACGUCAAGGCCCUGCUGGAGACGCAGAACGAGCUCCGAAACCAUGUACCCAACUUCACCUUCAACUUGGGCUUCUCUGGAAAAUUCUUUCAUGCUGGCACUGAUGAGGAGGAUCUGGGGGACGAUCUGCUGCUUUCUUACAGUAAGAAGUUCUGGUGGUUUCCGCACAUGUGGAGCCACAUGCAGCCUCAUCUCUUCCACAACCAGUCGGUGCUGGCCGAACAGAUGCUGCUCAACCACAAGUUUGCGGAGGAACAUGGCAUUCCCACUAACAUGGGCUACGCGGUGGCACCGCACCACUCGGGCGUCUACCCCAUUCACUUGCAGCUCUAUGAGGCCUGGAAGAAGGUGUGGGGCAUCAAGGUGACCAGCACGGAGGAAUAUCCUCAUCUCAAACCUGCACGCUUCCGCCGGGGCUUCAUCCACAGCGGCAUCAGUGUGUUGCCCCGGCAGACGUGCGGUCUCUUCACACACACCAUUUUCUACAACGAGUAUCCUGGAAGCCCAAAGGAGCUGGACAAGAUCAUCAACGGAGGAGAGCUGUUCCUCACCGUGCUCCUCAACCCUAUCAGCAUCUUCAUGACCCAUCUCUCGAACUACGGAAACGACCGCCUGGGCCUGUACACCUUUAAGAACUUGGUGAAGUUCGUCCAGACGUGGACCAACCUGAAGCUGCAGACGCUACCACCCGUGCAGCUGGCGCAGAAAUACUUCCAGAUCUUUCCCGAGGAGAGGGACCCAAUCUGGCAGGACCCCUGUGAAGACAAAAGACAUAAAGACAUUUGGUCAAAAGAGAAAACCUGCGAUCGCUUCCCUAAGCUGCUCAUCAUAGGCCCGCAGAAGACCGGAACGACGGCGCUCUAUCUGUUUCUGGGAAUGCAUCCUGACCUGACCAGUAAUUAUCCCAGCAAGGAGACUUUUGAGGAGAUCCAGUUCUUCAACGGUCGUAAUUAUCACAAGGGCAUUGACUGGUAUAUGGAGUAUUUCCCUCUGCCCUCCAACACUAGCUCAGAUUUCUACUUCGAGAAAAGCGCCAACUACUUCGACUCGGAGGUAGCGGCCCGGCGAGCCGCCGCGCUCCUUCCCAAAGCCAAGAUCAUCACCAUCCUCAUUAAUCCUGCUGACAGGGCGUACUCCUGGUACCAGCACCAGCGAGCCCAUGAUGACCCCGUGGCCCAGAAAUACACCUUUCAUGAUGUCAUCACCGCCGGCCAUGACGCGCCGCUCAAACUGAAGGUGCUCCAGAACCGCUGCCUCGUGCCCGGGCUGUACGCCACACACCUGCAGCGAUGGCUCAGCCACUACCACCCCAGCCAGAUCCUGGUCCUGGACGGUCAGAUGCUGAGGACGGAGCCGGCUGCCGUCAUGGAUAAGAUCCAGAAGUUUCUUGGCCUCACAAACUCCCUCAACUACCACAAGAUCCUAGCGUUCGAUCCCAAGAAGGGGUUCUGGUGCCAGCUGCUGGACGGGGGGAAGACGAAAUGUCUGGGGAAGAGCAAAGGCAGGAAGUAUCCUGACAUGGAUGUGGACUCACGACGCUUUCUACGAGAACACUACCGCGAGCACAACAUCGAGCUGUCCAAGCUGCUCUACAAGAUGGGUCAGCCUCUGCCAAGCUGGCUCCGUGAGGAACUGCUCCACAGCAGGUAGCCGGAAAAGAAAAGGAGAAACAAAAAAAACCACGAACAGAAAAAAACCAAAACACGGGUGCUGGGGGGCGAACGCAGCUGACACACUCGCACUGCUCCGGAGGAGACUCGACCUCUCCGAUUUCCUCAAGUCAGCUACGGCAGCUGGAUAAAGGCACAGCGGCCCGGUGAGGUCUCGUUCCAGAGGUCUGGGCCGCGAGAGGAAAAGAAACGGAGAGGGGAGGAGGGGGGCAAGGUGCGGGGCGGCGGCGGAGACGGUGACAUUCCCUUGCUUUUUUCAUUCUUUGGAAGAGCGUGGGCACCCAGGGAUGUUUGUCAGUACACACACACACACACACACAUAAACAAAUGCACGGACUGCGCUUUUCCUGUGUUUGUUCUUCUCAGACACAAUAUCGGAGAAGAGAACUUUUGAACACAGGAGAACGAUUGAACACAAACCAGGAAGGAACCUUUAGCUCUGAUUUAUUUUCUCCCAUCCAUCCAUCCAUCCAUCCUUUAAUUCAUUCAUUCAUUCAUUCAUUAAGUCCUUCUGUCUUGUGCGGAACAGGACUCAGUCUCACCCUAAAGUCACCCUAUUUUUGUUCUGUUGUACCUUUAUUUUUUUUGUUUUUCCCGCUCAUAACAUUGUAGGUACACACCCUAGGACACGUUAUUGCAUCUGCGUAUUUAUGGUGUUACAAACUACACAAACGAUGGUACUAUUUUUUUUUCUUCUUACAAAUAAUAAUAAUAUUAACAAUAAUAAGCUACAUCCAGAGUAAAUGUGAGUGUAAAUAUGGACAUGGACAUGUACAGUACACAGGGAUCCUGAUACUCUGUAUUAUGUGCAGUAAAUUAAAUAUCGCCUUAAUUCGCCCUGACCGGAAGAAAGUGCUUGGACACGCCUCGACGAUCCGAGCUAUUCAUUAGCCACCGUCGAAAUGAUCCCAGGACGAAGCAGUGUUCCAACAGUAAGAGUAUUACUGGAAUGUUAACAGUAAGGGUUUUUUUGUUUGUUUUUAUUUCAUAUUCGGUAAAUCAUUUUUUUUUUUUACCCCUUUGUGUUGUUUUUUUAAGUCACAUGAUAUGCCAGUGUGCGAAUAACUCAAGUCGAGACGUAUCGGAGAAUGUAUGGCGUAUCGCUUCCUUUGGCACAUAAGGACUGUUUUUGAAAAAAAAAAAAAUGAUGAGCUUUAAAUACACCCCUGAAUGUAAGCACAGACACCAUAGGCUUUUGAAUACACAGUGGGAAACCUCCUGGUCUUAUUUCCCAUAAUGAAGUGAGCAGUUCUUCCCAGCUGCAAUUCGAAUAAUAGACAAAACCUUUUUUUUUUCUUUACCGCUUCCCUUUUUUUAUUUGGUGCUCAUAGUAUAAGUGAUGUAUUUUCAACCCAUUCUAGCCUCAAGCACAUUACUGAACGAUUACACCGUCACGUCUUCCAUAUGGUCUGAUUCGUUAGCUAAACCACGGGGCAAUAUUGUGGUUGGGUCUAGGACUCUACCUGGUAGAGGGGGUGGUGUUGCCAUCUCUCAGCUCCAGGAGUUUCGUAUGCGUUUUCGCCAGAUUCUUCGGUUUCCUGUAACAUCCUUAAAAUAUCCCAGUAGAAAGAAUAACUUGUAAAUGAAUGUGUAUCGGUGCGUAUGUGUGUUUGGAGCUCUGACUGGCAUGGACAACCCAGUGUUCCCAGGAUAGACCCCGGAGCCAGUGCAUCCCUGACUGGAAUAAAGCUCUUACUCGGUGUGAGCGAGUCGACCCUAACUGACAAAACUACAAAAAGACAAAAGCUAACAUGAGAAUAAGCUAGUUAUGCGUUUGUGCAUGGGGUUUAGUUGCAGUCACGGAAAUUGAGCUAGAAAGCUACAGCAUUCUAAAUAAGUGUGCUAUUUAAGAUUUGUUGCAACAGUUUGCAGAGGAACCACAUGUGGCUGUGAUGGUCAGAUGGCCACAACGUUCUGGUUAUACCAAGGAGUAGGUUUUGGAUGCGUGUUUAACUACGUGGUGGCACUGUGUAGUAGUCUGGACUCACACCUUCAAGGUCGAGGGUUCGAUUCUCGCCUUUCGGGCCUGUGUGUAUGGGGUGUGCAUGUUCUCAAAAUGCCUGGGGUUUCCUCUGGGUACUCUGGUUUUCUUCCACAGUCGAAAGACAUGCAUCUUAAACAGUUUCGCAUUUCGAGCGAAUAUGUGCGAGCUUGUGCCUUUUGAUGGAUUGGCAGGUUGGAGGCUCCAGGCCUCCAGCAACCCUGUAGAAGAUAAGCGAUAUAGGGAAUGUAUUAUUUAAAAUUUCUGAAAUCAUUCAUCGAGACUAGAGACUAUUUUGGGGGGAUUUGGGAACACCAGUUAAUCUAAUAUGUAUGUCUCCGGAUUGUGGGAGGAAAGCGGAGAACCCGGAGGAAACCCACCAAACACAGGAAGAACAUGCAUGCUCCAUUCACACAGACCAAAAUGGGAAUCAAACCCUCGACCCUGGACGCACGGGGUCACAGUGCUAACCGCUACGCCACCAUCCUACAGCUAAUAGCCAAGACACUAAUCUAACCAGCUUAGAUUUAAAUUAAUAACUCAAAUGAUGAGAUAAAUUAAAGACCAGGAAGCCUGAUCACUCCGUCUUUAUCUUGUGGAAUUCUUUUCAAUUCUUAAAAAAACUCUAAUUUGAUGUUGGAGGAGAGUCAAAGAUCAUUAAGAAAAAAAAAGUAGAAAGGUCAAGCUUAUGAUUCGCUUUAAAUUUGACAUGACAGUAUUGAGUUAUUUUUUUUGUUUUUGUUUAUUUCCCCACGUAUUACAACCCAAAAUGUACGAAAACAUUUCUGCCAGAAUGAUGCCUAAUAAGCACAAUUUUUUUUUUCUUUUUAAACAUUUUUCAGUUCAAGGAAAAAGGACUUUCGGAAACGGUUACAUGCAUUCGGUUAAAUGUAUGCUCGAUCGUGAAGGUUCUGUAUUAAUAAACAGUUAAAGUAUUCGCUUAUGAUUUGUGUUCUUUGAGUGAAACGCUUGUCCGAGGGAUCUGAUUGAAGCGCACACUGUCUGUAAUACUGAUCCACACACCUUGCACACACACACACACACACACACACACACACACACAAUCAUGCUGCUCAGAUCUCCAUCAUGAUAUUGACGAUACUGAUUUUGUUUUCCUGUCCUGAUUUAGUAUUUCUAACUGUAAUAAUAAUGCAAUAAUAUAUUUUCUUGAGAAAGUCUGACAUUUUGCACCAAGCACAAAAUCAUGUGGGUGUUUUUUUUUGUUGUUGUUGUUGUUUUUUGUGCGCGUGUGUUUAAAAAGAAAGAAUAAGAGGACAGAGACUAAAGACAUUUUCCCUCUUUUUGGGUUCCAUACUUGAGUCACCACACACACACACACACACACACACACACACGAAGCGGUUCCCAUGAACUUCACACUGCCAAUCUUGUGCUUUCUGUAUUAUAAUGUAGGAUAUCAGUAGAUAGUGAUGUAAAUGAAAUAAAUUGUAAGGUAAAAUAAUCAUCUGGACUGUACAAUCAAACCUAUCAUUGUUAAUAUUUUUUAUUGUUGGUAGCCAAUAUUUUUGUGAUUAAUUUGCAAAUAAAGAAACCACUGUCUUUUUA